GACUCUGAAGUUUGGGGCCCGUGGAGUUUGGGGCGAAGCGAGAGACGGAGACGGCGCGGGGAGGGUGUCGGCGGUGUCGGGGAAGCAGCGACACGGGGCACAGCGGAGGCGAGAGACGGCGGCGAGCGGCAGAGAGACAACGCGAGCGAGAGUUACAUGUUAAGGGAGCAGAGCGCGUGGGACACACACAGAGGGCGGAGAUACGGGAGGGAAAGAACAACAGAGAAGGGGCAGAGGGAGGGAGGGAGACAAAGUGAUCAAGGGACGCGAGUGUGAACUGCAGGGAACAGAUCGACACGGGGAUGGAUGCGGAAGAGGCCCCGGUGUUCGCGGAGCUCACACCUGUGCGACCCGGCGAGCGGGCCGAUAUGUACGUGUACCUGCCCGUGGAUGUCCUGGUGAUGGAUGCGGGAUCCAACUCGCCGAUGAUAAUGAUGGACCCGGGUUCCACCGGUGCCCAGCGACACAUAGAGGCAGCGCCCAGCCUGCUGAGCCGACUGCUGCCACCGCCGCCGCCACCACCGCAGCCCGGGAGGGACUCGCUCAUGGCGGCACCGCUCAGCACCAUCAGCGACUUAACGGCCGAAGUGCUGGGCCUCGUUUCGCUGGGAGGGACCUACGGCUCGCCUAGCCUGCAGGCCCAGCGCGACGCGGUGCCGGCGGUGCGGCCUGCGAGGAGGGGCCGGGGCCGAGGUCGUGGUCGUGGACGUGGGAGAGGCCGAUGGACCGAGGCGGCCGCCUACCUCCCCCCGUCGCCCCCCAGCUCUGAGCGCGGCAGCCCCGACGUCCCGCCCGCGGCGGCGGCGGCAGCGACGUCGUCGCGCAUCGCCACGGCGACCGCGGCGGGGGUGGGCGGCUCCCUGGAGGCGGGGCCGAGCGCCGAGGAGACUUUGAAACUGGAGGAGGGGAAGCGCGUGCACACGUGUCCGCACGAGGGUUGCAAUAAAGCGUACACCAAGAGUUCGCACCUGAAGGCACACGUGCGCAGCCACACAGGGGACAGACCGUACGCGUGCGCGUGGACGGGCUGCUCAUGGAGAUUUUCCCGUUCCGACGAGCUGACUCGGCACGCACGCAAGCACACGGGCGCGCGCCCCUUCUCCUGUCGCGCGUGCGCCCGCACGUUUGCGCGCUCCGACCACUUGGCGCUGCACGCGAAGCGCCACCUCACCUAAGAAGCGGCCUGCACGCGCCCCCCCUUACCCAUGCCGGGCAGUGCCCCAUCGCUCCUUGUACAUAUACACACGGCAUUUUCUCAGCGGCCAUGAACGGCGCGUCUACUGUCACUGUACCUCCUCCUCCGCGGCGUCGUGCUGCCUGUGUGCGUGCGUCGGUGUGUGCGUGUGCGCGCACGCACGAAUGCUCGAGUAUGUAAACGCGUAUGCACUGGAUAAUCUCAUGCUCAGAAACGUAAAAGUCUGCACGGGCUCAGAAGCGAGUUCUCUCUUUUUUUUCCAGAUGGAGUUUAAAUGUGGGGUGCUCUUGCGUCAGGGUUGACGUUUCAAUGCAUGUUGUGGACUUUAACUUUUUUUUUUACUCGCUGAUAAAAACCUAGCCAAUGUAUACACUAUCCCCUAGGCUUAAAUAAAACCCUUAACCGUUAAACCUCAACACUAACCCUUAAGCUUGUUACAUUCCCAAUGACAAACCUGUAACACUAAUGCCGACUUAACACUAAAUCGUCACCUUUGAGAUAUUUUAUCCCUUGAUUCUUACAUACUCUAAUCAUGCUGAAACCUUAGCCCUCAGGGAACAUGCACACUGGUACAUGAUUGGGACACAAUGACUCGUGAUAUAACUGUACUCAUUUGCAAACAUGUUAAAUGCAAAUCAGGGAUUAGUAAAACAAAAGUUUGCGUUUUGAUCAUCGAUAUUAUUUCUCAGUCCCAGAAAGUGAGAAUUUAUUAAUUGACAGACGUUCCAACAUUUCAUCCAACAUUGCAGCAAGCAACGUUCCCAGCCUAUUGGAUGGUGUCAACGGAAUUUAAAGGGUCUCCCUCGUUCGAGUCAUCCAAGUGGACGAGCAGCCCAUCCCAGUAAAUAUGCAGUGCUGGGCCAACGUUAGCAUUUGGUUCGAACCGUUUGAUAAACAUUGGCCCCAACGUUCCACAUUUACUGGGAUGACGUCUCGGAACAUCUAGCCCUGGUGGUUCCAAACCUUCCUAGAUGUGUCGACCACUCUCAACUCUCAUCUAAUGUUCGCUGUCCACUACCAUAAAGAAGUACAUGUUUGGAAAAAAAAAAGAUUGCAUCUGCAACAGCUCCGCAGACCACUUGUGAUGGUUCACGGGUUUAGAAUCGCUGUUCUAGUCUCCACCAUUAUUAAACGUUAGCCUGCGGGUUAAACCUGGGGUCAAGGAAGCUGCAUCCAUGAAGUGUGGUUAAGGUUCUGUUUGCACGCAUUUGUUAACACAUUUUGCACGUUGCGGGUGGUGGGAGGAAACUAGUGGCCGCCCUGGUUAACACUGGUGGUGUGGUAUACAUUUAAAGUACGUGCCGUCUGCGUCUCAGUGGAUGCUAGAGAUCCCGUGACAUAAAAUCACAUUUUCCAAUUUUAAAAAAAUUACCCAUAAUUUACUCAAUUGGAAUCUACAGAGCGACCGUUGCCUAUGACUGCAAAAAAAAACUUGUCAGAACCCUCCUGAAAAAGUCAUGUGACUCGCUGGGGAUUUCUGGGUAAACACACGUGUAAUAACAAGAGUUAACGGUCAACGCAGGUUUGCGAAUGCAUUGCAAUGGGUUAAUGGUGUUUGUGUUUCUGAAUGUCUUUCAUUAUUUGUAAUUCGAUAUAGUCUCCAGGCUUUUUUAUUUGUCAUAUACAUUUUUUAUUUCAGGUUGCGUUACUUUUUGGUCUAAAACUGGGUUUCUGUCGAAUAGAGAAUUUUCAAUUUUGAA